CAGAAGGCCUCUAAGGGCCGUCCAGAAGCAUAGUAGAGACCUUGCUGGAGUAAACAAAGCUGAAGACUUCUUAAAAAGUCACCGGUGACAAAAACAAAUAAUUUUUCAAGAAAAGUGUGAGCGACAGCAGCUGUGAUUUUGCCAAUUGCUAAUGGCUAACUGACUGGCCAGGCCUGUUAUGGAGCGACAGUCCCCACCCCUGCUAUAGCGCUGCCUUUGGAUCAUUCCGGACUACCUGGGAUGCUCUUCAGCCAAAGUGAGGACCUGAGCCGUAGACACAGCACACACCACCAUCGCCCCCACCCCAUGCAGGCUGGCGGGGUCCCCUUGUUAAACAACAGGACCAACAUCUCUUCCAGCGGGAAGAGGAGCGACAGCGGCGACGCAGAAGGUGCAGUGAGGAGCUACUCCUUUGUUACCGGCUACGGGAAGCGAUGCAUUGCAUGGAAGCGUCCGGAUGGGAGCCUCUUCGUCACUCCGGAACCCGAGGAGGCUGUGGACCCGGUUGUCAUGGCGAUCAAGGACGGCGAUGUAAAAGAGGUGCGGAGGCUCAUCGUUUCGUCCCCGAAAAGCCUCACAGAGGCCAACAGGGAGGGCUGGCUGCCUCUGCACGAGGCGGCGUAUCACGGGCAGACAGACUGCAUCCUGGUCCUGCUAAAGGCCCGGCCGGAACUGAUCGACAAGCGCACCCUCCAGGAACAGACGCCGCUCUUCUUGGCGGUGGCUGGCGAUCAUGUGACCUGUGUGCAACGGCUGCUGGAGCGCGGCGCAGACCCCGAUAUCAGUAACAAAAACAAAGAGACCCCUCUUUACAAAGCCUGCGAGCGUGAGAAUGCCAAAGUUGUGGACCUCCUCCUGAGGUUCGGUGGAGGAGUGAACCAGCGUUGCAGCCAGGGAUGGACAGCUCUCCACGAGGCGACCUGUCGCAACAGCGUCGACAUAUGCCGGAUCCUGUUGCAGGCCGGGGCCAAGGUGGGCGCCACCAACACGUAUGGGGUCACGCCUCUUUUCCUGGCGGCUCAGGGCGGGCGGCUGGAGGCCCUGGAGUUCCUCAUCCACAAUGGUGCUGACAUUAACAGCCAGGCGGGAGACGGGGCCUCAGCGCUGUACGAGGCCUGCAGGAAUGGCCACGUGGAUAUCGUGGAGCUCCUGCUGUCCCGCAAUGCGGACGCCAACCGGCCAGCCAAGGCGGGGCUGCUGCCGCUGCACGUGGCAGCCCAGCGGGGGCAUUAUGAGAUCGUGUCCCUGCUGAUCCCGGUCACCAGCCGGACCAGCGUGCGAAGCUGUGGUAUCAGCCCGCUCCACCUGGCGGCCGAGCACAACCAGGACGAGGCUCUGGAGGUGCUCAUCGAGUGCGGCUUCGACGUCAACGCCACGCUGUCCGGGGACCACUCCGGCAAGUACGAGGACCGCCGCUCCACGCCACUCUACUUCGCCGUGGCCAACGGCAACACGGAGGCGGCCGCGAUGCUGCUGGAGGCCGGCGCCGACCCCAACCUGGACGCCUUCAGCCCACUGCUAUUGGCCGCCAGGCAGGGCUGCGUCGAGACACUUGGCCUGCUAUUGGAGCACGGCGCGGACCCCGACGUCCGCAUCCCCACCCACCCCACAGCUUUCCCAGCCGCCGCAGUCUUCUGCAUGAACCAGCCCUCCCUGCUCAGAGUCCUCCUGGAUGGCGGCUGCGACGCCCAGGCCUUCUUCAGCUGCGAGUACGGCAGCGACCCACACCCUCCCCUCAAGACCAGUGGCAUCAGCAGCGGCUUCAACAGCAGGACCCUGCGCUUCAGCACCGCGGUCUUCCCCGUCAGUUCCGAGGAGGCCCCCACGGUCCCCUUGCAGUUCUGCGAGGCGAUCUCCUCUCCUGCCGUGAGCCGCUGGGCAGGGCCCAUCGUCGACCUGCUGCUGGACUACGUGGGCAGCGUGCGGCUGUGCUCCCGGCUCCUCGAGCACCUGGACAGCUUCGAGGGCUGGGCCACCAUCAAGGACAAGUCAGCAUCUCCCCGCCCACUAAUGCACCUAUGCAGACAAAGAAUUCGUGAGCAGGUGGGAGGGCGGGGGUUGAGGCGCCUGGCCACUCUGCCCCUCCCUGGAAGACUGCUCAAAUACCUGAACAACAAACAUUCUGAGGAUGGCUGCUGACAGCUGGCUGGCAAGAAUGGAUGCUGAGCUUACAAACAGGCCUUCUGUGGAUACUAAUCAGACAACUAAGUGGAAGGACACUUAGUGGAAGGACACCAGUAGUGCCUGAUUUAGAAACAAAACAAUCAGAGAAUAUUUAAUAUUCAGUUUGGAGGCCUUCAUUUACUGUACAACCCCUUAUAUGUGUCCCUGCUCUGUAUGUAUCUACUCUUUGAUUGGCUGCUGGAUUCAACUAGUUUUAAAGGAAGAUGUGUUGAGCUAUGCAGGUCAGGAUGCUUCACAGAUUAAACUAGACUCUGCGUCCGAGAAGCCAGCGUGUCCUGACCGAUAUAGAUCCUGGAGAGCCCUUGAAUCUUGCGGUGUAUAACGGUAGGCGUGCAGCUGAAGUGGUUUGUGUUUAACUGUCUACCACACGCCGGCAGCUUAACACGCAUCGCUGUCUCGAGAUUUUUCACUGUUCGUUCGCUGCGUGAAUAUUUCGUGAUCUUGUGAAUUGUAGGUGGUACUGUAUUUAAUUAGAAUGGAACGACUGAUUUCCAAAAAGCUGCAAACUGCAUGAAGUUGCCUUAUUUAUAAUGCGUGAAAAUAAUGUCAGAUGUGAGUGUGAUGUCGUCGUUUUGCACCACGAGUUUGUUUUACACGUUGAACAUUUGUUUCGAAUAAAACUGCUUUCAGUUAUACUAAUCAGUAUUAUGUAAGAAAGUCCAUUUUAUACCAAAAAGUAAAUCAAAUUCUGCAGUUUUUAAACGGGUUCUAAACAUUUUGGAAUUGCAGCGCGUUGUACUUUGGUGCCUGCUGAAAAAAUGUGUUUGAAUAUAGUGAACAUACGCAUUUAUAGGAAAUUGAAAUGAAUGUCAAUGUUUUUGCACGGUGUUUUCUUUUUGCUUGUUGUAUUAAUGUUUACGUUUCCACGUUUUUACACUGACCAUGUUAUAACGUGAAUUGCCACAUAUUUAAGGUGUGCUUUAGGGAUCCUGUUGUGUGGUGUUGACCAAAACAGAACAUAGCUGAAAAUGUGAAUCUUUUACUCUUUAUUUAAAAACGUGAGUUCCUUGAAUCAUAUCAAAUAUAUUACAAAUAGUAACGGAAAGGAACUUCAGACAAAACUGAGAUCUUCUCAGAUUUAAAUGUGAUAAAAUCGGAAUGUAUUUUAUUCAGUACGAGCCCUGAAAUGUAAUAAAUUUACCAUUAAUUUGAAA